UAUAGUUGGAUUUUGGAGCGAAUGAUGGAAGGCAUUGCAUAUCCAGAAGGCAAGGAAUUAAAUGAACAAAUUUUUAAUCAUUAUAAUGUAACUAGUAAGAAUAACCGAGCUGCACGAACUGCAUUUUGCUAUAUUCUCAUCGAUCCUUCACUCAUUAAUAAUCCAAAUACAGCUCUUUUGAAAGAAUUCGUCAAUGCCAUUUUCUACAUCGGUAAAGGUAAGCGGAAUCGCCCGAUGCAGCACCUUAUCGAAGCAGUUAAAGCUACUGAAAAUUCAUAUAAAAAAAAUGCUAAGAUACAAAAGAUACGUAAAUUGUGGGACUGUGGAUAUGGUGUCGUUUCAUUGCAUGUUUUCCAAAAUAUUACAUCAAAGGAAGCAUUUACGCGCGAAGCUGCUAUGAUUGACGCAAUCGGUAUUUCCAAUCUGACAAAUGAGAAGCGAGGGCAGUAUUAUGAUAUCGGUGAAAAGUGGUUAUUGAGGCAAAAGUUAAUCUACGGGAGCUAUUUGCUGUCGAGAGCACUCGAAGUUUUACAUGUAGAAGGUUGUCGCCAGUUAUUUGAAAGUAAUGUCGAGCAUGUCAUUACAAAUUACGCUUUUAGAUUGUAA